AUGAGCAAGCUAGCUCGUGAACGACCUUGGGCAAAGCAAACGACUCCGCCACUGGCUCGCACCUCCUCGCCGAUCCUCCCAAUUCCACGCGGACGGAUCAGCAAGGACGUGCAAGGAUCAGCAGAACCACUGGUGUGGGUGCAUCAGACCGAGCUGUUCGAGAAGGCUAGUGUUUCUGAAUCAAAGAGACCGCCUUACGAAGGUGUGCUGGAUUGGUAUCCGGAUUUCAAGAUCAUCCCCUCGUCCAGUCUCGCCAGCGGUCAUGGAUGGGGCUGCACGUUCUCAACUCUCGACAUCAACGUACCGCUGUAUCACAAAUGCCUCUUGCAACGCUUUCUCGACCUUGGUGGUCGCCUCGUCAUUGCUGACGCGAAGUCCCUUCAAGAAGCCAUCCAACUGGCUUCAUAUCCACCGCCCCAUCAGACAAUCUGCAAGGACUCUUCAGCCUGGGUAUCAGUUGGAAAAGUCGACGUGCUGGUUGCCAGCCCCGGACUUGGCGCGCGAUUCAUCCACGGUCUCACAGACCAAGCAGUACACCCUCAACGAGGCCAGGUGGUCGUCGUGCAUGCGCCUUGGCUCUCCACCGAUGACACUCUUCCCAUCUGGUCGUUGAAACCUCGACACAAGCUUCCUGGAUACUCCAUAGUCAGAGCCCAAGGCGGGAGAGAGGUCUACGUGAUUCCCAGGGGAGACGGAACAGUAAUUUGCGGAGGUACCCGCAUCAUCGAUGACUGGGAUGGUCGACCGAGACCAGAGACAACCAGAAAGAUUCUGGAGCGGUGUCUAGAGCUGGUGCCUCAGCUGGUGGACCCGAGGAAGAGGUCGGGGCUGAGCAAGCCGAGAGUGGAGGAUGUCAAGGUCCUGGAAGUCAACGUCGGAUUGAGACCGGCAAGGAGAGGUGGAGUGCGGUUGGAGAGGGCAAAAGAAGAUGUGGACGGGGUCAAGGUUGUCCACAACUAUGGGUAUGGCGGCGCUGGCUAUCAAGCUUCGUGGGGUGCGGCACUAGAUGCUAAAGAGGGUCUGAUACCGGAGAUCGUGCCAAGCACGUUUGAAGAGAACCUGCCAAAGAGCGAGUUUACCGGCGAAGCUGUGUACGAAUACCCCGUUCAGACCGGGUCGAAGAAGGUGAGUCUCAGAACGACACUUUCGGCUCCAAUCGACUUGGCAGAGCGAAAGAGCCUGACAAAGAUACUAUUGCUAUCCGUGUCUGACGUGAUACAGGCUCUCGAAGUAUAUCAGCGACUAGUGCAAGAGAACCCAGAAGAUCCUCCAGACUUUGUCAUCUCCGCCGAUACCGUCGUAGUCAAGAACGAAGUCAUCAUGGAGAAGCCCACUGAUCAGCAGGACAACCUUCGGAUGCUUGCGGAUCUCAACGGAGGCUCUUGCGAGGUGGUGACAGGUGUCACAGUGAUCUACCCGGUGAUUGAGGCGCCGGGAUUCCAGAUGAGAUCACUGUGCGAGAAAACAAUCGUGCGGUUCGCGGACAACCCGUACUACAUGCUCAAAGCGUACGUGGAUUCCAAAGAAGGCGUCGACCGAGCUGGCGGCUUUGCGAUCCAGGGACGGGGAUCGUUGCUGGUGCGAUCGAUCGAGGGCGAUUACAACAACGUUGUCGGCUUCCCACUGUACGCUUUCAGUGCGUACCUGCAUGAUCUGUUGGAGAAUGAUGAACUGGAUAUCGUCGAGGACGACGAUUGA